CAUUCCCUUCCACAUCAGGGAAAGAAGUGUUGCUCUAUCACACCAUGUGUUUGAGUCCUGCAGCAGGUUUGUAGACACCGAGUGCUUUGUGAAGGCCUUGUAGCCCUGGAACAGUUCUGGCCCACACAAUGCUCAGUGACAGUGAGGCUCAGGAGAUGCUCUCUUUCCUGCGACUGGACACGAGGGCAGACGUUAAGGGCCAGGCUACAGAGUGCAUCCUCGGUCUGACAGGAACACGAGACGGCUGCCGCUACCUGCGGACCAGGCCUGACUUCCUCAAGGCUCUGGUAACGCUCACAGCAGAUGUCUCUAUUGCCAUUGUGAAGGACUGUUACCACGCCCUGGUCAACCUGUCAGCUGACGAGACACUGCACAAGCCCCUGGUGAAGGAUGCGGGUAUCUUACCCAUGCUGCUGAACCACCUCCUCGACCCAGAGUACGAUUUCUCUGACCGCAUUUGCUCCAUCCUGUCCAACCUGUCCAGGCAUGAAAGGACGUGUGUGGACCUGUUACACAAGCUGCAGGAGCAGAACAUCGGCAUGGCCAAAAUAGUGGAGAUUUUUUGCACCGAGGGCUUUAAUAAGAAAGCGUCGCUGCAUUACCUGGGGCCGCUGCUGUCCAACCUCACGCAGUUACCUGAGGCCAGGCACUUCAUCCUGGACAGGGACAGGUGUGUGAUUCAGCGGCUGCUGCCCUUCACGCAGUACGAGGCGUCGGUCACCAGACGUGGUGGAGUCGUGGGCACGCUGAGAAACUGCUGCUUUGACUACAGCCAUCAUGAGUGGUUGCUAAGCGAAGUGGAUAUUCUGCCCUUCCUGCUCUUGCCCCUGGCAGGUCCUGAGGAGCUCUCUGAAGAGGAGAACGAAGGUUUGCCUGUGGAUCUGCAGUACCUUCCAGAAGACAAAAGAAGAGAGGAAGACCCAGAUAUCCGCAAGAUGCUUAUAGAGACUCUACUGCUGCUCACAGCCACCAAAGUGGGACGUCAGAUUCUGAAGAAGAAAAAUGUCUAUCCUAUUAUGCGGGAGUUUCAUAAGUGGGAGAAGGAGCCACAUGUGAUUUCUGCCUGUGAAAAGCUCAUUCAGGUUCUGAUCGGAGACGAGCCGGAGGCAGGGAUGGAGAACCUAAUGGAGGUGGAGAUUCCUGAGGACGUUGAGCAGAAGCUGAAGGAACUGGAUGCCAAAGAGCAGGAGCAGAUUGAGAAAGAACAACAAGAGCUGCUCAAAGCAGAAAGCGAGAGGAGUCACAGCUCAAAUCAUGAAGAGCUGGAGCGAUGACCGAGCAGCAAGACGGAUACCACACACACACACACA